AUGCGAAACAAACCAUCUUCGUCGCUGCAGAAGACCUACGAUGAAUGUUAUUUGAUAUGUUCGACAGCUGUAUAUUUUGAGGGGCAGGGUAACGAGGCAGAAGCUUUACGAUCAUGGCGGUCGGCUCUCGAUCAAAUAUACUAUCACAAUGCAUAUCGAGUUCCUGCAGGCUACGCACCCAAAUCCGAAACCGAGAAGGCUUUGAAGGAUAGCUUGAGGUCUAUGGAAAUGCAAUGCAAAGAACGUGUCGAUUUAUUAGAAGCGCUAAAAGCCUCACGGGAAGACAAGGAUAAUGGAGAAAAGACACCACCAGAUGAGGCUAGCAGCGGUGGCAGUGGGAGAUUCAAAUCGUUUUUGAAAUCGGGGCGAGCUUCUUCAGAUUCUCAGCAUCCUGCUACGACUAAUACAACUAAUACAAUUGGAGAGGGUACAAUACCUGCGGUCAAUUAUGAUGGCCUGCCAAAACCUACCCCGCCUCCAUUGCCGCAGAGACCUUCGAUGGCUGCAAAGAAUAGCUCAGAGAUGGCUGUUGUUGGCGGUGGCAGAAGUAUGUCAAACUCUUCAAUUGCACCGCCAACGGCAUCGUCGUCAAGACCACCCGCUUCAACUACUUUCCCGACUCUUGUACCACAGCAUAACAUAUCGAAAGAUUCAAGAAGUUCUAGCCCUGAAAAAGGAGGAAGAACAAUGCUACACACAUUGAGGUCUGGAGAUUCUAAGAAAAGCAAGAGUUCUCGAUCAAACCAAAAGAAAGGCGAUAAUCCUGUUACGAAUAAGGCUGCUACCUUGGCGUGGAAUACCAUGAGUAGAAAGGGGAAAGAUAAAGAUAAAUCGGCACGUCCCCACGAUUCAGAGACUAAUAACAGCACAACAACCCUACCUGACGGUAGACCAACGUUUUCCGAUCCAUUCAAAGGAAAACAACCACCCCCGAAUCCAGUUCGAUAUGAUAGUACAACAAGAACUCUCGUGCCAGAAACACGACCGCCGCGAAGAUCACCAGUUGAUUUACUGACUGGAAUGAGUGAUUUGGUGGGAGCUACGGGUCGAUCAAACGGAUAUCCCUUUCCUGCAACGGAUCCAGGUCAACCAGGCGCUAUUUCUGGACAUUCUCUUACGACUGCCACCAUGAAAGACUUGAUUGGACAUGAUUCUCCACAUGUACCACAACCUGCAGAGCCUAGCGCUGGAUCAUCGUCACAACCCACGUCAUCUGAAUAUUCCGCUACAGCAUUCGCACAGCUUAAGAAAGCACCUCCUCCACCCCCACCUCACUCAAGACCGCCAGGCAAAUUUGAACCAUUGAAAUAUCCAACUUAUCUCCAGGAAUAUCCCGACACGAUAGCCAAGAAGGGCAAUCCGGAGGGCAUAGUGCCUCAGCGAAGGAGACAGUCUCCAAGGCUAGGCUCAGACACAGAUUUUGGAGGGUCAUCGAAUCGUCUACAAAGAAAACCAGUAUCUGCGAAUAGUUCAUCGCCAAGACGUAAAGAUGAUGGCAAAAAGUCACGAGGCAAAGAAGUCAAUCGAGCACUAGGAGAUGACACUUCAUCUCAAAGUGCGAAUGACGACACCAGUAUUGAAGAACCACGAGCUCGACCUAAAAGAAAACAAAAACAAGUGGUAUCGCCAAUUCUUGCUGAUCCCACGACACCAACAUCGGAUGAAUCCAAUGAUUCUGCCACGGACGUGAUCAAGAAUGCAUGGGAUGAGAAAGUCAAAUAUCUUAUGAAGAAUUUGCCGAAAGGAGUCGAUGAAGGGGCUGCUAAACAAAUUUUCAAUGAGAUCGUAGUUCAAGGUGAUGAGGUGCACUGGGAUGAUGUUGCCGGUCUAGAGGUUGCUAAGAACGCACUCAAAGAAGCUGUCGUUUAUCCAUUUUUACGACCAGAUCUAUUCAUGGGUCUUCGAGAACCAGCUCGUGGUAUGCUUUUGUUUGGCCCUCCAGGUACUGGUAAAACUAUGUUGGCAAGAGCGGUUGCCACUGAAUCGAAGUCUACGUUCUUCUCCAUCUCAGCUAGUAGCUUGACGAGCAAAUUCUUGGGUGAAUCCGAGAAGCUCGUCCGAGCAUUAUUUUCUCUUGCCAAAGCACUGGCACCGAGUAUCAUUUUCGUGGAUGAAAUCGAUUCUCUUCUUUCUGCACGCUCCGGGGGAGAGCAUGAAGCUACAAGGAGAAUCAAAACCGAAUUCCUUAUACAAUGGAGUGACCUGCAAAGAGCUGCAGCUGGUAGGGAGCAAACAGACAAGGAAAAGGAAAGGGGAGAUGCUAGUCGAGUGCUCGUACUUGCUGCAACAAAUUUGCCAUGGGCAAUUGAUGAAGCUGCAAGACGACGAUUUGUGAGAAGGCAGUAUAUUCCAUUACCUGAAGAUGAGACUAGGACCAAGCAAUUAAACACUUUAUUGGGACACCAGAAACAUGGCUUGAAAGACGGCGAUAUUCAGGAAUUGGUCAGAUUGACCGAUGGAUUCUCGGGUUCUGAUGUUACAGCAUUGGCAAAAGAUGCAGCCAUGGGUCCUCUCAGAUCUCUUGGAGAAAAGCUGUUGGAAAUGAGCAUGGACGAUAUUCGCCCAAUGCAAAUCCAAGACUUCAAGGCUAGUUUGGUCAAUAUCAGACCAAGUGUAAGCAAACAAGGACUCCAAGAAUUUGAGGAUUGGGCAAAGGAGUUUGGUGAACGUGGAGGUUGA